AUGGAAUUAAAAUUAAAGAAAAAUUGGGAUAAUUCGGAAGUAAUUUUUAAUAUGGACGAAGUAAACAAAAAUUCGAAACCUGGAAACACUUCAAAAGUAAAGAGCCCUGAAACUAAAGAUGCUGGGCUUGAAAAACAUAUGAACAGCAAGCUUUUUCAAAGAUUUCUCAAAAAAGAAGGGGUCAAAUUACAAGACCCGUCAUUGCGAGCAGUCACAAAAACAGAUGAGAGGCCUAUAAAACCUGCGAAUAAGACUAAUCCUGCCCCAAAAGUAGAGGAAAACCUUCAAAAAUCAAUUGAAGACGAUCCUCCAAAUUUUACAUAUCAGGACAAGUUCAGAGAUCCAGAUCCAAAAUUGAAAUCUCCAGAGCCACCUAUUAUGGAAGAGGACGAAGAAGAGCAUUAUUCAGACAAGCCAAGCCCACGAUAUGAUCGGUAUCCUCCACCACUAGAGCCUUUCGAUAACUAUGAAAAAGAGGAAGACCCGUACGACAAGAUGUUUGAGCACCCUAUCUUUUCCCCAAAAGAGAAGCCAGGAGAGCUUAAAAAGAUCCCUGGGAAUAAGUAUUUCUCUAGAGAGCAGUCUUCUGAAGAACUGUCUCCUUAUGCUUCACAGAAUUUUGAAAAAAAUGAAUAUCAGGGAAGAGAUCAGCAAAGAAAUCUUACUUCGGGGUCUGGGAGAUAUCAAAGAGAUGAGGACGAAAUUGACUUCAGCCCAGAAGAGCACAUUGCAGAUGGCACUGGGAAGUUUACAAACCCUGACUAUGAGCUUAAAGGAUACUCAGAACACCUGAAUCCUGGAGAAAGCUAUGCUUACUAUGAUGAGCCCUCAAUCCGAAAACAAAACACCAAGUCUGCAAAUAUCCCUCCUACAAAUAUUCCUCCUGCACAGGUCCCUCAGCUUCCUCAAGUCAUGCCUCAAUACCCAAUGCCCCCUCACCCUUAUAUGGGAUAUUUUCCUAUGUAUUACAACCCAGGGAUGCCUGGCCCUGAUUUUAAACCUUAUGAGUCUGGACCUGAGACUCGGCGAAAAGACGAAACCGAGAAGCUUAAAAGUGACUACGAAGAAUUGCUCAGUAAAAAAGAUGAAGAAAUCAAAAAACUGAACCGGCAUUUGGAAAAUGCAAGGCUGGACUAUGAUGAGCUAGAAGAAAGAAUGAACUCAGGUGGAGACUUAGAAAGGAGAUUUACCAACAUGAAGGUAGAAAGAGACAUGCUCGACAGAAAACUAAGGACUGCUGAAGAAGAAAAUGAUAAUUUAAGACAUCAGCUAGACAAUGCAAAAGAGGAUCUUGAAGUCUUUAGAAGUCAAAAUGAAGACGCAGAAAGGAAUAUCAAGAACAAGACACAAGACCUUGAAAGAGAGCUGAGGGCGUCUAAAGAUACAAUUGACGACCUAGACAGGCAGCUCAUUAAAGAAAAAGAAAAAAAUAUCAACAUGACCAGGAAGCUAGCCAAGAAAAAAGACAAACUUUAUCAACUGGAAAAUGAUUUAAAAAGAAGUGAGGCGACAAUUCAGAGAUUGGAAAGAGACUUGGAGUCUGCAAGAGACCAAGCAACUUAUGACGCUCGGCAACAAAGACGGGAGAUUGAAUCCCUUCGUAGACAGGUGGAUUCUUUGUCAAAAGAGCUUGAGAACGCUGAUGCUGAUACAAGAAGAGAGGUAAGGAGCUCUAAGGUUUCAAGGAGUGCUAGAAAUGAGAUAACAAGGUAUGCAAAAGAAGAAAAACCACUAAAUGAGGACUGGUAUAAAGAAGAAAAGCCGGCAAAGUGGGAUGAAAAACCACUGUCUGACCAAUGAUAUAAAGAAGAAAAACCAGCCAAACGUGAAGAGCAGAAGCUGUCUGAAGCUUGGUACAGAGACGAGAAGCCAGCAAGGAGGGAUUUUAGAGAAGAUAGGCCUAAAAGUCCACUUAAUAGCUAUGAUGAUGCCCAGCCACCUCCAAAUCAGUCAAAAAAGAUUUCCGAGCAAGUAAAGGCCAGAAUUGGGGCUACUGUUUCUACAUCUGUCAGCAGUGCUUUAUCAUGGGAAACCAACCAAACAGCCCCUCCUCCACCUGUAAAAACCAAAAAUGUGAGAGACCCAAACAAAGAGCAGACUUUUAGAAACGAAGACUCCAUUCAAAACUUAGAAGACAAGCUACUAAACUUGCAAAUAGACAAAAAGAAGCUGGAAGAAGAGUUCUCAAAGCUUCCUGAGCACGCAAAGAAGAUUUCAAUCAUAAGGCGAAGAGAAGAAGUUGAGCAGGAGCUGAAUCUCCUAAACUCAAACAUCGUCACAAUUAAAAAUAAAAUAAGGCAGCUGCAGUACCCAUAA